CUUUUGACACGUUUUGAUUAAUAUUGACAAGUUUAUUUAUACGCUGAUUCAGAGAGUUUCUGUCGAAAAGCCGAAAUUACGGUUCACGAUUGGUUCAUACAGCACCUGUAAUGACUAAAACGACCAAUUACAUCUUUUGAUGUAAGGUUUGAGUGACAGGUGAUAAGUUUUACAAAUUUUCGUGGCUCUCAGCUCAGUCGGCGCUGCAAAUUAUUUGCAAGAAAGGUUAUACAAUUUCAAAAUAUUUUCGAUAAAAAAACAAAAAAAAAUGACCUUUCGGAAAGUAAGUCAUGUUCUCUUUGAUAUGGAUGGAUUAAUAUUGAAUUCAGAAGUUCUAUACACAGCGGCAAUACAAAAUAUUUUGUCCCGCUAUGGAAAAGAAUACACAUUUGAGUUAAAACAAAAGCUUAUGGGUCUACAAUCUCAUGAAUCAGCAAAAGUCCUUAUAUCGACUCACAACCUGCCUUUGAGUGUUGAAGAGAUGAUUGAGGAAAGUAAAAAACAAUUUGCAGUAUUAUUCCCCAAUUCACAACUCAUGCCAGGUGCAAAGAAUUUAAUAGAGCAUUUUCACAAACAUAACGUUCCAAUGGCGCUUGCAACAAGUUCAAGUAAAGAGUCCUAUGAAUUGAAAAUAACGCAUCAUAAAGAACUAUUUGACCUUUUCAAAUACAAGACUCUUGGCUCUUCUGAUCCAGAAGUGAAAAGAGGGAAGCCCUAUCCUGAUGUCUUCCUUGUUGCUGCUAGCAGGUUCCCAGAUAAACCCAAGCCAGAACAGUGUCUUGUCUUUGAGGAUGCUGUGAAUGGAGUAAAAGCUGCCAAGGCAGCUGGUAUGCAAGUAGUGAUGGUUCCUGACCCUCGCAUUGAAAAGAGUGCAACAGCUGAAGCUACAUUAGUUCUCAGUUCACUUGUAGACUUUAAACCUGAACUCUUUGGUUUACCACCAUUCACUUCAUAGUGAACAAACAAUAUUGUACAUGACAGUUGUGAACAAUUUUUUACAUCAUAUUUGUUUUUAAUGGGACAUGCCUACCUCAUUAACGUAUACUUAUAUUUGUAAUAAUAUUAUAUUUCUGUGCAAGAUAGAGAAUCAAACUUUACUAUUAUAUUAAAUUAACUUUCCUAAAGCAGACAUGUUAGGGCAAUGAGUAAACAUAAGUAUGAUGUAUAAAUGUAGAAACUUAAACAUACUACUUAUGUAGGUAUAUUUUGCAUGAUUACAUAAUAAUUAUCAAUACAGAUAAGAACCUCAUGGCACUUGGGAAUUAAUCUAAACAACUGAUCACGGAAAUUUUAAUUAAGAGCAGUAGUUUAUGUAUUUGUGAAUAUUUUAA